UGGGGCUAAUUCCCAACACCUGACCGGCUUAGGCCGCUGAGUCCAUUAUCAGCUUAGCGGCAAAGACAUCUGCUGCCGGUGCCCAGAGCCGCAGAGCAGCAGCUCCUGCGCUCUCCUGUCUGUCCUGUCUGUCUGUCCUGUCCUGUCUGUCCCCUCCUGUCCCCUCCCGUCCCUCCAUGGGGCUCUGAGCGACCCCGGCACACACAGGGGCGGCCCCCGGCCCCCAGUUCCAGGGCACCAUGGCUCAGGACAUGACCGAGAAGGAGCUGCUCAAGAUGGAGCUGGACCAGCUGAAGAAGGAGGUGAAGAACGAGAGGCAGAUGGUGUCCAAGACGGGCAAGGAGAUCAAGGAGUACAUCGAGUCCAUGGCGGGCGAGGACCCGCUGCUCAAGGGCGUGCCCGAGGACAAGAACCCCUUCAAGGAGAAGGGCGGCUGCACCAUCAGCUGACCGGCACCGCCGGUUCCUCCCGCUUCCCCCUCUCUGACCUCGGGCAGCACCGAACCGACCCUAGCGCCAAGAAACGGGACAAAAAGAAGAAAUUUAACAAGAAAAAAAAAUACCCCAAACCCCACCCCCGCUGCCGCCGGGGCGCCGCGGCUGAGCUUUGGGUUCCCACGAGCAAAAAAAAGCGAAACUUCUGCAUUUUCAGCAGCCUGAGCGAGCGGGGGAUGGGGAGAGAGAGCCCCGAGCCCGGAUUUGUUCUUUAUCCCAAAAUCCCGGAGCUCCCUUCCCUCGGGAUGGGCUGGGGAUGCCACCAGCACCUCCUCCAGGUGCUGCUUCCCCCUCUGGAAAACCCUGGAAAAUCAGCGUGGUGUCACCCGGAGCCAUCCCCGAGCGCUCCUGCUGCUCAUUUUGGGGUUUUGGGGGUAAAUUUAAUCCCUGCUUGACAGGAAAACCCCGAGGCACAGCCAGCUCCUGAAUUCAGCAGGGUAGGUUUGCUGUUUGGAGCUGCUUUGCUUUUUUAAAAAAUCCAUUCCCAGGAUUUGUUUCCAUUUAAUCUCAGGGAAAACUCUCCCAAAACUGCCCCAAUGCCAUCGACCCCAAAAGGGAGGCAGCAAUAAUUUGAAUUUCUGAGUCCCUUGGGGUGAUGUCUCCAGCCCUGUCCCACUCCUCCUGUUCUCCCAGCCCGGUUAAAUCCCAAGGAAAUCCCUCUGGAUCCCACCUGGAGCAUUUUCCUACCCCUAAAUCCCAAGGAAAUCCCUCUGGAUCCCACCUGGAGCAGUUUUCCUCCCCCUGCAUCCCUGCUCAGCCUCACCACGGGGCAAAGGCACUCCCAAAACCCUAAAAUCUGGAGGAGAAGACAGAAAAAAUGUGGAUUUUCCUCAAGCAGGGGGUCCCUCCUGCAGCCAGAAUCCCCUCCCCGCAAUCCCUAGCCCCAAAAAACACCAAAAAUCCCCAAAACAGCCCAAAAUCGAGGUGGUUUUGUUCUUUUUCGCAGA